CAAGGCGAAAGCAUGAGACCGCGGGUGACAGCGAACAUGGCGAACACGGCGACUAUCAUCGCCUGCAUCGUAGUGGCUCUUUACCUCGUCAGCCCUUGCCAGGCGAGGCCGCUUCCGCAACCGCCGGCGCCGUCGCCAAAUCAGGGAAUCGUGGACGGCAUCACGGCGAUCUUCAACUUCGGGGACUCCAUAUCCGACACCGGGAACUUCAUCCGAGAAGGCGCCGUCGGCAUGAUGCGGCACACAGGGGUGCUUCCCUACGGCUCCGCCAUCGCCGACGGCGCCACGGGCCGCUGCUCCGACGGAUACCUCAUGAUCGACAACCUCGCCAAGGACCUCGGACUGCCGCUUCUCAAGCCUUACCUCGACAAGGGCGCUGACUUCACGCACGGCGUCAACUUCGCCGUCACCGGCUCCACCGCUCUCACCACGGCGGCUCUCGCAAGGAGAGGGAUCACCGUGCCCCACACCAACAGCUCCCUCGACGUCCAGCUCAAAUGGUUCAAGGACUUCAUGGCCGCCACCACCAAGUCCCCCCAAGAGAUCCGCGACAAGCUGGGCAGCUCCCUGGUCCUGAUGGGGGAGAUCGGCGGGAACGACUACAACUACGCCUUCGUCACCAACAAGCCGGCGGCGGCGGCCGAGGGCAGCAUCUACAACGCGAUCCGCACGACGGUCGGGGCCGUGGAGGCGAUGGCGCUCGUCCCGGAGGUGGUGCAGUCCGUGCUGGACGCGGCCAGGGAGCUGCUCGAGAUGGGCGCCACGCGGAUGGUGAUCCCGGGCAACUUCCCCGUCGGGUGCGUGCCGAGCUACCUGAGCGCCGUGGACGAGAAAGACCCGGCGGCGUACGACGGCAACGGCUGCCUCAUCGGGCUAAACUUCUUCGCGCAGAUGCACAACGUGGCGCUGCAGCGGGGGAUCCGGGAGCUGCGCGGGGCGUACCCCGACGCCACCAUCUCCUACGCCGAUUACUUCUCGGCCUACGUGCGGUUGCUCCGGGACGCGGGCAGGAUGGGGUUUGAUUCGGCGGCCGCAACCAAGGCGUGCUGCGGCGUGGGGCGAGGCGCGUACAACGUUGAUAUGGAUAGGAUGUGCGGCGCGCCGGGGACGACGGUGUGCGCGAGGCCGAACGAGUACGUCAGCUGGGACGGUGUCCACCUCACGCAGCAUGCGUACAAAGUUUUGAGCGACCUGCUCUACCAUGGAGGCCUCGCGUCUCCUGCGCCUGUCAACUUCACAGAGACAAGGCAGUAGUGUAGUUUUUUUUUAGUUUUUUUUUUACCACAGGCAGUAGUGUAACUUAGGCGGAAGAUCUUGUACUUUUUUCGUUUUGCCUUUUUUCUACGGUUGUUAAUUUAGUUACGGAGUAUGUACGAAUAAUUAAUUGAGCAUUUGUGGUUAA